AGACCCCGUUUCGCCCUCUCUCUCUCCCCUCUCUCUUCCCUCUACCUCCCCUCCUCCCUCCCCUUUCCCCUCUCUCCUUCCCUCCUCCCCUCCCCGUCCUCGGCCAUGGCGUUCUUCUCCCACCACCAUCUCCAGCAGCCGCAUCCUCCGGCUCCGCCGCCGCCGCAGCAGCAACCGAUGCCUCCUUCCUUCAGGAACGCGCUGCCGGUGCCGGUAGAGGGGCAGAUCCCGGCACCUCUCCCCUUCUUCAACCCGCCGCCGGCCUUCCAGGACCAGCCCGCGCAGCCACCACUGGUGGACGCGAUGGGGCUUACGGCCGCGGCGGGGUUAGGGUGGAGGCAGCCUCGGGAGCAGGAGCUGCUAGGAGAGAACUCGCAGAUGUCGUCCAUCGAUUUCCUGCAGACGGGCUCGGCGGUGUCCACAGGACUGGCGCUCUCUCUGGAGGACCGACGCCAUGGUGGUGGCAGCGGAGCUGGGGCUGGGAACUCCUCCGGCGAUUCGCCGCUGCUACUUCUGCCGAUGUUGGAUGAUGACAUCUCCCGUGAGAUCCAGCGACUUGAUGCAGAUAUGGACCGGUUCAUCAAGGCCCAGAGUGAACGGCUUAGACAGUCCAUACUGGAGAAAGUUCAGGCGAAGCAAUUUGAGGCAUUGGCCUCUGUUGAGGACAAGAUACUUCGAAAAAUACGAGACAAAGAGGCAGAAGUUGAGAACAUUAACAAAAGGAAUUCUGAACUCGAGGACCAGAUUAAACAGUUGGCUGUGGAAGUUGGGGCGUGGCAGCAAAGGGCCAAGUACAAUGAGAGCAUGAUCAACGCACUCAAGUACAACUUGGAACAGGUAUGUGCUCAUCAAAGCAAGGAUUUCAAAGAAGGUUGUGGUGAUAGCGAGAUAGAUGACACAGCAUCCUGUUGCAACGGUGGUGCCGCCAAUUUGCAACUAAUGUCGAAGGAGAACGGACACUCGAAGGAUUUGACCGCAUGUAGGGUCUGCAAGUCAAGCGAGGCUUGCAUGCUCUUGUUGCCUUGUCGGCAUCUUUGCCUAUGCAAGGAGUGCGAAAGCAAGCUGAGCUUCUGCCCUCUAUGCCAGUCCUCGAAAAUACUUGGCAUGGAGAUAUAUAUGUAGAAUAGAAUUUAUGUAUCACUCAAGUAUCUUCCGAGAUACGGCUGUGUUUAUACAACACUAUUGUUAAACUGUACCACUAUGAACCAACAUGAAAUGCCACUGGAUGGAACCAUUUAUGGUGGAUGUACUGUUGCGAACGUUACUUUAGAAGUGCAAGCUUUGGACUUUGGAUUAGGCUA